AUGGCCGAGGAAGAGUCUGCUUCCACGUCUUACACUGAAGAUGAUUUCUACUGUCCGAUUUGCCAAGAAGUCUUCAGAACGCCGGUUCGGGUCGCGGCCUGUCAGCACGUUUUCUGUAGAAAAUGUUUCCUGACUGCAAUGAAGGAGAGCCGGGUCCAUUGCCCCCUGUGCCGUGGAAAUGUGACCAGAAGAGAAAGAGCAUGUCCAGAGAGGGCUCUAGACCUCGAGACCAUCAUGAGAAGUUUUCCUGGUAAUUGCCGAUGCUGUUCCCAACGUGUUGAACUCUAUCGCAUGAGACAGCAUUACAAAACUUGCGAAAAGUACCAAGAUGAGUUUGGAGUUUCUUCAACUGUUCCAAGCUUCCAGCUGUCUCCAGAUACCGUGGCCAACAGCAACAGUGAGGCGUCCACCUCUGAAAAUGCCGAAGCUUAUCAAGAGGAAGAUCACGCAGAACCAGCCGAUGAUCAGCCCACCUUUGAUUGCCCUCUCUGUGAAGAAGGAAACAUGACCAGACAGCGUUUGCUGGAUCAUUGCAACACCGACCACAGAGGUCAAGUUGUUCCAGUCAUUUGCCCGAUUUGCCUGUCUCUUCCAUGGGGAGACCCUACUCAACUUACGAGGAAUUUCGUUAGUCACCUAAACCAGAGGCACCAAUUUGACUACGGGGAUUACGUCAAUCUUCAGCUGGACGAGGAAACUCAGUACCAGAUUGCUAUUGAGGAGUCUUUCCAUGUUAACAUCUAG